GAAGUAGAGCAAAAGGUAUGGGAAAUGAAAUGCGAGCAGCAUUUUAUAAAAGACGAGGUGUAUCAUCGAGUGAUGGGUUAAAAACAUUUCAAAGAGCUAUUUUUGUCCCACCGCUUCGCACACCAGCUACAGACAGAACAGCAUGGAGACACUUCUUUUUCUAUUUCCUCAAUUCAACUACAUGGCCCCAAAGGAGGAAGCGUAUUUUAAAAUGUUUGGUCCAGAAGACUUGCAGACACCAAAGAUGAAGGACGAUACUAGCAGACAGAAAGACAAGGAGAGGAAGAGCCGAUUAAGCCUUUUUCUCACCAAGUCAGGCUCUCAUGAAAAUGUCAGUCCCCAUAAAAAGACAAAUACGACACCCAGCAACAUCUCACCAGAGGCAGCUUUGCAAUGGAGCGACUCCUUUGAAGAACUGCUGAAGCACUCAGAUGGGUUGGAAAGCUUCUCUCAGUUCCUCAAGACAGAGUUCAGUGAAGAAAACAUUGAGUUCUGGUUGGCCUGUGAAGAAUACAAGACCAUUGAUUCGGAGACGAAGUUGCUGUCCAAAGCCAAAUAUAUUUAUACGGUUUAUAUUGAAUCAGAUGCCCCUAAAGAGGUCAACAUUGACUACAACACCAAGAUGGCCAUUCAGAAGGUCAUAGCGCAGCCCACAAAGAGCUGUUUUGAAGCAGCCCAGAUGAAAGUCUACAGCCUGAUGAAAAAGGACUCCUACCCCAGGUUCCUCCACUCUGACAUUUAUCUGCGUCUCACCAGGAGGAAAGGCCCGGGGGCCACCAUGUUUCGCAGAAGGUCACGGUCCUGUGUGUUCAACGACAGGGGCGAGGCCACAACUGAACCUUCGGCCUGGUAGUGGUAACAUUGCAGGCGUGAUUGUUCACUCUGUGAAACAGAUUAUUGUAUAAUGAAAUGAUCUGUGAUUUGCAGCGCAAUUGUAAAUGUAAAGAUUGGUGCAGAGGCUUAUUGAAGAAGGUUUGCUUCUGCAGAAGAGUGUGUUAUUUUUUAUAACCACAGGCAUCACAGUGGAUUAUCCAUUUUACAUAUGGCAGCUUGCCAACAAUUAACAAUUUAAAGAAAUAGUUUGACCUUUCUUGCUGACAGAUGAAAAGAUUGAUACCACUCUCCAGCCUAUAAAAUACAAAGCUAUGGCUGAGUGGUUAGCUUAACUUAGCAUAAAGACUGGCUCUGGGCAAUGAUUACAAAACCAACUUAGCACCUCUGAAGAUGUGCACGUUAAAUCUUUUUUGUCUUAUCUGUGCAAAGACCUGAGAGUAGAAAUGGCACGUGUUACGUUGUUACGGUAGGAUUAUGUGCCUGAUUAUUUUUUGCCCUGGCGCAAUAACUUCCUGAGGCCUUUGCUGGUUGCCACAGUGAUGAAAACACUCAAGGACAUUUGGCCAGCUGUUUCCCCUCAUUUUAAGUCUUUCUGCUAAGCUAAGCUAACUUACUGCAGUAGCUUAUUUAUCUAUCAUACAGACAUUAGAGUGGUAUUAAUCUUUUUCUUCUACUCAUCUCGGCAGGAAAGCAAAUAAGCAUAUUUCCCAAGGUGUCGAACUGUAAGUACUUUACUACAUAGCAGGAUAAAAGCUGACAUAUGUUCAGAAUUGUUAUGAGGCCACUACGUCAGAGCCAUGUGGAUAUCUGGAAAUAAUGGACACUCUCUGGCCAAUCAGAGCUGAGGAUUCUCUGUGACCAUGGUAUACAUCCAGAUAACUCACUUUGCACUUGAGGAACAAUAUAUCCAUUCUCUUCCUUGGAGACACUGCGCUCCUUGUGGAUUGAACCUUUCCUGAUGAUUUUUAUAUUUCCUUAAAUCUUGCUAAACUUGAAUGAGAGUGGGGUGGUUAGAGAUCAAAUCUCAGAAUCUCAGCUGAAGUGUCUCCAUGCUACUGACACACUGAGGCCCCUCUGCUGAUUUCUGUCACAUUACACUUCAAUUGCUUUGUCUUCCAAUCCAGUAAUAGCACCUUAUAAAACCAUAUAUUACAGUUGAUGUUGCAUACAAGCUAAUUUGACCAUAUCUCAUUAAAAUGGAUUCAUAAUUUAAUACUAUUACAUAAUUUAAUUUUAUCUCUUGCACUCUCCAACCCCUUCCAGACUAACUUGCAAUGAAAGCUUGCAGCCAUGGUGACUGCAAAGUACUGAAACCUUUUAAUGAGGGAUAUAUAGCUCUCAUUUCUGUUACGAAUUUAAAAGUAUCCCAUUUUCAAACACAGAAAAUGCAUAUAUCUUAUUUGAAUACUACUAUGAUAUUAUUUUAACUAUAAUUGCUGUUUUUCAGUUUGCGACCAUCCAAUAUAAUUUAUGUAUAACUAUGCUCAUACGUUGCCUUGAAGUUGUAAAAUGUACAAACUAAAUUCAAAUAAACACUUUAUUAUAAAAGCUGUUUUAUUGAGGCAUUUGGUGUUAUUAAUUAGUUUGAAUGUCCACAUCUAAAUAUGUCAAAUGAAGGCAUAUGUGCAUAAUACACUAGUGGGAAAAUUGUGAUCAAGUGCAGCUUCUUAUACCAAAUAGUUGAAAAAUGAAUAGUCCUUAUCAAUUACGCAACCACACUAGCACAGAAUAAUUCAUGUUACUGUAUAUGUAUGCAGGAACUAUACUUCUUAUAACAACAAAUACAGAUUAAUUGGAAACUGCCAGUGAUCCCACUGAGUUGUCCCGCAAACUGUUGAGUAAAAAAACACUAAUUACAGUUGCACAGCAUAAAGCUUCACAUGUACAUACAGCGCUGGUUUAUCUUAUUAACACACAUGUCAGUGUUGCAGCCUUAGGAGUCCAACUCAGCCCAGAUUACUAUAAUUUUAC